UGAUACCUUCCUAACUAUUGCGGGAAAAGAGGCACAGGCACGGGCUACCAUCCAGACAUUGGAGGAAUUCUGCCUCAAGUCAAAGUUAAUAAUCAACUGGAGUAAAUCUCACGACUAUCGGAAAGCUGCUAACAUCCCCGAUCGUACUCUUUGGACCAAUUUUCUUAGUGUGACCUAGGUCGAUGGUUAUGAAAUAAGCAAGCUACUCGAGACACCAUUUGGCCGUGCCCUCUUGGCACAAAAAAUCUUCUUAAAAGAACAGAUCAAUAUGAAGCUUCAAUGCUGGUGUACGGAAAAAAUUAACUCCACUGGCCGUAGGGUGAUCGCUAACAAGGUGUUCUUAUCUUCCACCUUUUUCUUUGCAUCCAUCUGGGGGUACAAAGGCCAAAAUAUCCAAGGCGCGAGCCAGUAUUGAAAACUUUAUGUGGUCCGAUUCUCUACAUUGGGUUCAUAGUAAGGUUGCAAUGUUGCUAAUCAAAGGAACGGGGGGAGGGGGUUGUGAUGACCUUGUCAACCCGAUGGGUGCCCUCACGGUUCUCAUGUCUAAAUGGAUUAUUAAAGCCUGUAAGCCCAGUUCAUCGAAUUUACACAUACUGAUUUAGUUCCAACUCUCGCAUUUUCAGCCUUACAGAGGAGGUUGGUGGGCUCCCAGUCUCAAAUACUUUACUUCGCCCAAGUUCCAAGCCAAGCGUAGAUCUAAGAUCUAGAACCAAAUUGGGCUAGCAUGGCGGUCCUUUGCAAGCGACCUAGUCUCCGUGCUUGGUCGGCAGUAUGUCGAACCACCAUUUGUGCCGACAAAAAAUUCAUAAAUAAAUAAAUAACUCUAUUUAUAAUCCCUUGCGAAAAAGUAACAGCCACGCAUUCGAAGCAGCUAUACCACUAUGUUGCGUAGGCCUGGGGUAGAGUGGAUGCUGGUCAUCGAAUGCCGCUUUGAAAGAAAUCACAGAUGCCGCAGUUACUGCACAUGUAGUCCGUUUUACCUUACCGAGAACUUUGAAUCGAACACCCGAGACCACAUUUUCUCACAAUCUUCUUGGCCUUCAAAGCUGUUCCAGUGGAUUGUAUGUCUAGUUGUGGUCAGCACAAAGAGGUUGGUGGGUAUUUUCUUUGGGAGGGAAGAAAUUCUUAGGGGCGAUGAGGAGGAAUAUAUUUUGGCAAGGACGGCGAGCCCUUGGCGACAAACCUAACAAGAUGCUGGGUGAGUCGCUGUGGCAAUGGUGGGCGCGCAGGACGGAAGAUAGACUUAGUCGUAAUCAAUUGUGGGACGUGGUGGAGCCUUAUCAGCGGCCGAAGCCAAUUGCGCCGCUGGCUGUGCUCAACAUUGUUGCGUUUUACUCCGGCGUUGUGGCUGCAGCUGUCACGGAGCAGAUGCAUAAGAUCGACAGAUUCGACUUCAGUGUGUUGCAUGCUUUGCUCAAGCUGGUCUCAGUCGGAAGUUUACCUCGAAUUUGAUUGAACGGUACUGGGCGGAGAACCCAGGGCAGGCCGUGCCCAUUAUGAAGCCCAUGCUUUACUUGGGGCCUUACAAAGUGCGCAGAGAAGAUUUCGGUGAAGAUGCCUCUGGGCAAUAACAAAAAAUUAUUAACUGUAAUUAUCUAAGCAUCAAGGUGUCGCGGUCUUGGUAUGUAGGGAGGGAAUGUCUCAGAUAAUAGCGAGAAAAAGUUCACUGUUGAGAAGAUGAUCUGACGACGCCUCAGCAUGUGGUAGUCAUGACAUCAUACAAGGUGACGCCCUUGCGUGGGUGCAAGAUCUACUUUUUCCCAAUCUCAUGGGUAUUGCCAGAUGGAGGUUGUGGCAAACGCAGACAUCGACCAGGUACCGAGCUCUGAGCUGUGUUUUGGAGGGGGCUCUACUUGACGGAAGAAGAUACAUGACUCAGCACCGACACCACCGGAUCCGACAACUGAGGGACUGCAGGAAGGAGUAAUUUCGCCAGUUAGUGAAGACCAUUUGCAAUACUUAGUCAAUAAGGUCACAACCACGGUAUUUGCCUGAUUGUACUGUUCAUCAGAACGAUAUACGUGAAUGGAUGAGCUCUUGUUCUGUGAUUCGUUCA